GAGAGUGUGUGUUGACCGUCCUCUGCUGUAGCUGCUGGCUGGUGUAAUCCACAUAUUUAGACUUGCUGAACAGUAUGCUGCGACAUUAACACGGGUUUUGUGCGUAGCCCACAGAAGGUGCUAACACCGGGGUGUAGCUAUGUCAGUAAACCGGUGUAUGUCUGUGUUUUCUCGGCUUCAGCGCCACAUAAACAGCCGGACUACUCGCGUCACCGCUGGCGGUUUUCAUGCGUCCACUGGAUCUGGUUUGUUACAUAAACAACAUCAGACUGCUUCUGCGGUUUGCAGCAGAAAUGUUUCAUCCGACAGCUCUCCUCCAAAAGCCCCGGACACUUCUCUGUUCGUCCCCGUGUCUCUGAAGGCGGACCCCUCGGUAGAUGGGAGUGUAGGGUUAGAGCUGAGCCAGCCGCUCGGUAAAGAUGAACUUCUGAAAGUUUUGAACCGGUUUUAUAAGAAGAAGGAGAUGCAGACGCUGGCAGCAGAUCAUGGCCUGGAUGCUCGUCUCUUCCACCAGGCCUUCAUCAGCUUCAGGAAGUAUACCAUGGAUUCAUCCUCACUUCCCGCUGAUCUCCACAUCAUCCUCAGUGACAUCUGCUGUGGAGCAGGUCACUUAGAUGACAUCUACCCAUACUUCAUGCGUCAUGCCAAGCAGAUCUUUCCCAUGCUGGACUGUAUAGAUGACCUGAGAAAGAUUUCAGACCUCAGAGUCCCUGCCAACUGGUACCCCGAGGCUCGUGCCAUCCAGAGGAAAGUGAUUUUCCACGCUGGUCCCACUAACAGUGGUAAAACCUACCACGCCAUCCAGCGCUACCUGUCCGCUAAGUCUGGAGUCUAUUGUGGCCCUCUGAAGCUACUUGCCCACGAGAUCUUUGAGAAGAGCAACAGUGCUGGUGUGCCAUGUGACUUGGUUACAGGGGAGGAGAGGACCUUCGUGGACUUGGAGGGUAAAGCAGCUGGUCAUGUGGCCUGCACCAUUGAGAUGUGCAGUGUCACCACACCUUAUGAGGUGGCUGUAGUCGAUGAAAUUCAGAUGAUCAGAGAUCCUUCCAGAGGCUGGGCCUGGACCAGAGCACUGCUGGGUCUCUGUGCAGAGGAGAUCCAUGUGUGUGGAGAACCUGCAGCUGUAGACUUCAUCAGAGAGCUAAUGUACACGACUGGAGAGGAGGUGGAGGUGCACACCUACCAGCGUUUGACUCCAUUCUCAAUCUUGGAUCAGGCUGUGGAGUCAUUAGACAACCUGAGACCAGGAGAUUGUAUUGUCUGCUUCAGUAAAAAUGACAUCUACUCCAUAAGCAGACAGAUUGAGGCCAGAGGACUAGAAUGUGCUGUAAUUUAUGGGAGCUUGCCUCCAGGCACCAAGCUGUCACAGGCCAAGAAGUUCAAUGACCCUGAUGACCCCUGCAAGAUCCUGGUCGCUACAGAUGCCAUUGGAAUGGGCCUUAACCUGAGUAUAAAACGUAUCAUCUUCAACAGUCUGGUAAAGCCUAAUGUUAAUGAGAAGGGGGAGAAACAGAUGGAGACCAUCAGCACAUCACAGGCUCUGCAGAUCGCUGGCCGCGCCGGCAGGUUCUCCUCCAAGUUUAAAGAAGGAGAAGUUACCACCAUGCACAGAGAUGAUCUGCCUGUCCUGAAGGAAAUACUCAGCCUCUUAGUAGAGCCCAUAGAGACUGCAGGUCUCCAUCCCACAGCAGAGCAGAUAGAGAUGUUUGCCUAUCAUCUACCUGAUGCUACCCUGUCCAACCUCGUUGACAUAUUUGUCAGCCUCUCUCAGGUGGAUGGUAUGUACUUCGUCUGCAACAUCGAUGACUUCAAGUUUCUGGCUGAUAUGAUUCAGCACAUCCCACUCAACCUGAGGUCACGCUACGUCUUCUGUACUGCUCCCAUCAACAAAAAACAACCUUUUGUAUGCACCUCCUUCCUGAAGUUUGCACGUCAGUUCAGUCGAGAUGAACCCCUGACUUUUGACUGGGUGUGUCGUCACGUCAGCUGGCCUCUGGCUGAACCCAAAAACAUUAAAGACCUGGUUCACUUGGAAGCUGUUCAUGAUGUGUUGGAUCUUUACCUCUGGUUAAGCUACCGUUUCAUGGACAUGUUUCCAGACACUGCCUCAAUUCGUGAAAUUCAGCGAGAGCUUGACGAUAUCAUCCAACAGGGCGUCCGAAAUAUCACCCGUCUCAUCAGAGCCACUGACCCAUCUAUUACUAGCCCAACGCAGACACAGUUCAGCAAGCGUGGACAAACAAGUGGUAGCAGUGGAACUGCGGAUAGUAAUCUUUUCAUUGGCAACAGAGGACAAAGGGGACAGAGAGGCUCAGAAGAGAUGAUAGGAAGCUCUCUGGCCAGUCGGCUUGUAAAAGACGGGCUGUUGACUCCUGAUUUGCUCCGACAGCUGCAGAGGGAGUGGUCCAAAGAUCACUCUCACCCACUCAAAACAGAACGUCACAGUACUAACAACAAAGGGAAAAAUAAAAAGAAGAAGAAAUGAAGAGGAAGACGACUAUAUAUUAAUGGUGGUGCAAGGUCAUUACUGUUCCCAUGGAGAUCAAUAACUGAUACAAUAGUAAUAUCUGGUGGUUUGCCUGAAAUGAAUCAUGAUUUUGGGCAUUUAAAGGGGAUCUAUGAACCUUUUCUGACCCUGGAAGACUCAUAAAAAGCUUUUAGCCUGAGAGCUUGAGCUGUACAAAUAAACACCAACAUGUAGUUGCAACGCAAGAGGAGUGUUUUAUGGUCUGACAUGUACACCCGGAGUAAUGCGCCAGGCUGUCACGUAAUGUACUUUUUUUUUUACUGUGCUAAAACCUCACUGUAUGUUUUCCUCCAACCUACAAAUGCACAAAGUGUAACUAGUGAUGGAAAAUGUCUCUAGUUGAGGAUGCUGUGAACUACUUUCUACUUUCUUGGUCCCUCUGGAAGAUCAGCUACCUGGUCAGAGAUUCUCCCUUUUCAGUGAGAGCAGAAAAUAACUCACAGAUUCAUCUUGUAAACUAAUUUAAAAGGCACAAAAUGGCGUCGUGUAUCACUGUUGGAGAUGCCAGGUUCCUUCGGAGUUACCACUAAACCCACGGCUCAAAGUGACAAGAAACAUUGUUUGGCAUAAUAAAGUUUCAGCCAAGGUCACACUCUCAUAAAUGCUAUUCUAGAAGCAUUUUUUGUGACCAGGAAAUUGUUUAAAAUGCACUUGGUUAUACAGGUCGGGAACAAGCUUUGCUUGGUUCAGUGGAGUCAAAUGUAGAACUUCAAAGCAGCAUGAGAGUAUAUUUCCAGCUUAUUUGGGAAUACCUGAAGCAUUCACUUUAAAGUGCUCUCUAAUGAAGAGCAUUUUCUGUGAGCAUACAGCUAACAUUUUGAAUAGAUUGAAUUGAGCGCAACCCUGUUAGUGUCUAUAUACAGAUGAGAUGCCAUAUUUUUUUUCUUCUUUGCAUAUAAAGUGAUGACAUCAGUCAAUAAAAAUCUACAGUUUUA